CUUGUGAUUUAAGGACGUCGACGUUGUAGCUAGUAUCCGAGUAUCAGGAACGAUAACUCUUUACAUUCGGAACACCUCUAAAUUAUUUCUUUUCUGGGGUCAUCUAAACGCUUAAAUACGCUUCGAUGUCAAGCGUAUUUAUAACGCAGACAAUAACACACAGCUGUCAGACGCAGACGACAACAUGGAUUCUUCCCGGGGUCCUUCCCGGAGUGAUAGAGGUCUGUUUGCUGUUGGCCAUGCGGGUAAGACUUCCCGAAGAUCUAAAAGGGGGGCACAUUUUAAAGUUGACACUUCCCGAGUUGAUUUAACAGAGGAUCACUCCUACGUUUUAGUGAAUGAGGCCCCAAUUAAUAUUGUUGCAGACAAUCUCGACAUAGGUGCGGAGUACGAAAUUGGGCCUAAUGAUAAUAUUGACCCAACGUGGAAGAUUGGUAGGCGGGUUGUUGAGUUAGAGCUGCUGGCUCAAAACAUGUUUUGCGAUGUAUGCAAUUCGCCCCUCCAUCUCUCCAACACACUGUGGGAGCGCAGACUUGGACUUGGAAGCACGCUCCAUAUUCAGUGCACCAACGCGGUGUGUGAUGCUGUAUGCCAAGUGGACACUGGAAAACGGGGAUCAUCAGGGGCGUUUGAUGUAAAUUCCAAGGCUGCUAUAGGUAUGGUUCAUGCUGGAAUUGGCCCAUCACAGGUUAACAAUUUUCUUGUGGAGUGCAACAUACCCCCCAUUGCUACAUCCACUCUUAAAAGAAAAGAGUCACUGAUUGGAAAGACUUUGGUGGAAGCUGCAUCAACAUCAUGCAGAGAUGCUCAAACUGAAGAAAAAGAAUUGAGUUCUGAAAAGUUACAAGCCAGUUUUGAUGGUGGGUGGCAGAAAAGAGGAACUGGUUUCAACUAUAACAGUAACACAGGACAUGCAGCUAUGAUCGGGAAGACCACAGGUAAAGUUAUUGCCUACGACGUCAGAAGCAAAUCCUGCAGAAUUUGUGACAUUCACAAAGACAAAAAAGAAACAGUUCCGAGUCAUGUAUGCCCACGCAACUGGGAGGGGAGCAGCAAAGCCAUGGAGCCAGAUAUGGCUGUGAGCAUGGCUCACAGACUCUCCGAUCAAGGAUUCCAGCUUGAUGUGUUUCAUGCAGAUAACGACUCCACAACAACUGCAAAAAUGCUUUUGGACUUCCCAAAAUUAGAGAAAAAAGAUGACCAAAAUCAUGUCAAAAAAGGGAUAUCAAAGUCCCUAUAUGAGCUAUCCAAGAAACACAAGGAACUCAAACAUGCUGAAGUCAUACCAUACAUCAUGAGAUGCUUCAUGUAUGCAAUGACGGGAAGCAACACAGAAGCAGAACUGGAACUUUCACUAAAGAGGAUCGUUCCACAUAUCUUUGGUGAACACACUGGUUGUUCUACUGUCAAAUGGUGCACAUAUAAGGAUGAUCCCCAAAAAUUCAGGUACAAAAGUCUUCCCAAUGGCACUGCCUUACAAGAUCCCACACUGAGGACACGCCUGGAGGAACUAGUUGCCAAAUAUUCAUGCCGGUCUGGAAACCUCCUGAAUUUGGGCUCCACACAAGCAAAUGAAAGUUUUAACAGCCUUGUUUCCACAAAAACACCGAAAGCCAAAUUCUAUGGCAGCUCAGAUUCAUUAAUGAAUAGGGUAUCUGCAUCUGUUCUUCAAAAGAAUGAAGGUCAUAAUUAUUUACCUAAGGUAAAUGAAUCGGCCCUUCUUUCCCCUGGCGAGUUCACCGUCAAACUGUCAACAAAAUUGGACAAUGCUCGGUCAGCCCGUAAAGAAAAGGAAAAGACCAGAGAAUACAAAUUAAGAAGGGUUGAGUUGAAACGGAAAAAAAGGUUGAAAGAACAGUCAUCAUAUGUAAAGGAAGGUACUACCUAUGAAACUGAUAUUGAUCUAACCAUUAACAACAGUAGUGAUCCAGAUGUACAAACUAUACCAUCAGUAUUGUCCUUGGAUGAAUCCAAAUCUUUGGUUUUCUUUGAUUUGGAAACAACUUCUGCUUCACGUCAAAGUGACAUUACUCAAAUUGCUGCUGUUGUUAAUGGUGACAAUAUUUUUCAUAGAUAUGUCCUGCCAAGGUGUGACAUAGCAAUCAAAGCAUCGUAAGUUACAGGACUGACCUAUUCAAGGUCAUUAAGUAAGAUGUACCUCAGGGGAAAGGAGAUUAAAAAUGUGACCUCCAUCCAUUCAGCUUUGUUGGAUUUCUUAGAUUUUUUGAAAGCUCUCCCCAAUCCUAUUCUUGUUGGUCAUAAUGCAGCAUCGUUUGAUAUACCUAUCCUUACAAACAGAUUGAGAGAGUUCCAGUUAUGCUCGUCAUUUGCCAAUGUUGUAAAAGGAUAUAUGGACACUCUUAGGUUAGCAAGACGCUUGUUUCCCAAGAAGGAGGUUGGAUCUCACAGCCAAGAAUCGUUGGUAAGGAAGUUCCUUGGGAUGUCGUAUGAGGCACACAAUGCAGUUUUUGAUGUGAAAGCCCUCCAAGACUUGUUUAACUUAAAAAUGAGUGCAAAGUGGUCAGUUGACGAUGUGUUCAGUAUGAACUUUUUAUCUUGUAAAAAGUCUUAUGACACCUUGGUAAGCAAGAAAGCCAUGAACAAAUUAUCAGCUGAGAAAUUGUCCAAAAAUGGUAUCCAUUUCAAUCACUUGAAACUGGCAUACAGCAGGAAUGCUAUCUCUGGAGUGAAAGUAAUUUUAUGUGAAAAUAAAAUACAGAAAUGUUUCAUUUCCAACA